AUGGGCAGUGGAUCAAUGCCGCAAACGAUCGAGCAACUCUUGGCCGCGUAUCCCGUCUUUAAGCCACAGGCACAGAAAUUGCACUGCGAGUUGACUGGACACGAUUUGCCGAAUCGAGCGCCCGACCUUGGGCAAUACGUGCAGACGAAGAAGUUUCUGACCGCUUGGGAAAUUCAUCAACUUUUCGCCGAAUACCCUGGGAUCUUCGAGGAUCUCGACGAGAAGCUCAUCGGAUGUAAGCUGACGAAAACAGUGAUCGCUCGUGAUCCAAAAGAUAUCAGGAAACAUAUUGGUGGGCAAAAGUUUAAACGAGCUAUUUUGCGAGGAGACAAGAUUGAGGAUGACGAAGUGACUAAUGAUGAGGAUUUGGCUGAAGUACAAGAAGACGACGAAAUGGAAGGGAUCGAUGGCGAGCCAAUAAAGAGAUCGAACAAGCGAAAAGGAACAGCGAAUCCUGUCGUCAAGAAGAAAAAAAGAAAGCAA